AACAAGCUCUCCCGAAGAGGAUGUUGUCAGUCGAUCCAGCGAUGCCAGUGCGAACGAGACGAAGUUAUGACGCUCCUCUUGCUAUUCUCCCGCCACUAUUAUUGUUGUCGUCGUCGUCGUCGUCGUUGCUGUUCUCGGAGGUAGUGGUGAUGGUGGUGGUGGUGGUGAUGUUCCGCUAAUCCGUUCUCCUUUUAAAGACAUUGUUUUCCCCGUCGAUCGUUUAAAUGCUAGGACAAGGUUCACUUGAGAACGACGUGAUCGUGAAUGGGAUCAGUGCCAAAUUAUUUACUUACAAGUUAGAUGUGAAACUUUUUCAUAUAAACUUAUUUCUCAUUAUUUAUCACAAAAAGUUGAGAAUAAGAUAGUUGUUUACAGUGCCAACGAAACUGCGAAUAUUUUUACGGAAAAAUUUCAAAGAAUUCGAAGCAUUUGAACUCUGCCAGUCGUCUUCUUCUUUCAUUUGUGCCUUUUUCCAGAUAUUUUGUCUGGAGCACGUUUUAAACUACACUACCAAAGCGUGGUCAAAGAAAAAGGAAGAAAAAAGAAUGUAAGGAAAAGAAAGAAAGGGGGUUAGACACAUGGAAGGUUUUCUAUUUCCGGCUGUAUCGACUCUCGGUGAACGAAUGUUGGUGAAAAAAUUGUCAACGUAUUUUCUCUCCUUCUCGUCUCUUCGGUGAUAUUAAUUUACGUCUCUUCUCUCUGUUAUUUUUUUUUUCCUCUAUUUUCGAACCACAAAAGUAGAAAGCCGAGAAACGAUGCGGCAUACCGCAAAAUCACUUUUCUGAAUAAUACAACGAACGAGUUAAAAAAAUUGAUAUUAACUGUAUGAUUUAGUGGUAAACCUAUGAAGUGUAUUUAAGAAGAUACGAUAUAGUACCCAACAGAGAUAUAACAUGGACACGUAAGAUAAUUUUUUGGAUAAAAGAAAUUGGUUGAUGGUCAGAAACAUUGAUUUUUACGAUGAGGAAAGCGAAAGACGAGCGAAAAUCGACUCGACGAUACCGAUACCGGAGUGACUCUACUAAGCAGCCGGUAACUUCGAUACUCGAAACCAACUGGUAGGUAAGAUUACACCUUGGGGAAACGCUUCGGCUUUUACGCAAGUAGCCAAAGAGAAAGACGGACGAGGAUACAGAAAAGGUAGAAAAUAACUGUUUGAAAAAGAGCGGCGAAGGGGGCACCGGGAGAAAGAGAAAUACCGGUUGCAUCGGGACACCAGAUAGAAGGGUAAAUCGGAAAAGACACAACGACAUUCGAUUGUCGUAACUCGUGGAAGAAGGCUCGAUUUUUCUUCGAUCGAAACAUCUUCAUGGUUAUCGUUUCGCCACAAAUGGCGAAGCUUUUUUCCCUCGAGGUGACAACACAACCUCUUCGCGGGUCUUUACAAGAGGAAUUACUUCAAGAUCCGAAGGUGGUAGCAUCCAGGUAGCAUCCAGGACGAUGAACAAAAUCGUCAGGAUGUCGUCCUUGUUUUUUCCUAUUUCCAUUUAAAAGACAUUUAUAGAUAUGGAGUGGUUGUCGCGUUGUGUUUGUGGCUCCAAGAAGAAGGAUCCUGAUAAGGAGCAAGAGAGACCUAAAGAGACCGCUCGGAAGAAUAGAAAAAAAUCCAAAAUUUUGGAUGAUUCUUCAUCCACGGUUCCGGUCGACGUAUCGCCGAUUUCCGACAAAUCGCUUAACGUGGACGAGGUUAGAAAACAGAACGUCAAAGUGAACAAGAAGGAGGAUGAUGAAAUAUUAUUCGACGAGAGAGAGGACAAAUUGGAAAGAAAAGUUCUUACGAGCGAUGGUUUCCUCUUAGAAUCUACCUGGACGACCAACGAGAAGAGAUUUAGUCACGAAAAUGAUUUUAAUAGACUGAUCGAAAACGAAGAAGUUUGGUGUCGUAAAAAUCACUCGGAAUAUCAGGAUUCGAGUAACGAGGAGGAAGAGGAGGAGGAGGAGGAGGAGGAGGAGGAGGAGGAGGAUCAUCAUCAUCGAUACAGCGACGAUUCCUUGAGCAAAGAUUCCUCGAAAGAUUAUCGAUCGGUGGAGGAGGAAGAAAUCUUGGAAAAAUCAACGGCCACGUCCGUUAGUACGUCUAGUCCUGCAUUCGAGUUGUUGUUAACUGGUGAAAGGCAAGACGAUACGUUUUCAGAGAACUCGUUGAAAAUUUCGAGAGCUAGAAGAAACGAGGAGAGGAUAUCAUCGAGGAUCAACUUUCCUGUCAAAAGUCCUUCUAACGAUUACGAAAUUGGAUCGAAGAAUCGAGAAAAAUCACUACCGGCAGUAACGAAACAGAAGAAGAAAAACAAAAUUAGAAGAUCAAAAUGCAGCGACUGUGUUGUCGAACGUUCUUCUCCCUCAGUUUCUUUAAAUAAAUCUAAAGGAAAAUGCGAAGAAAAUGAUUUUUCUUUUGUUCGUGCCGUUAACAAGUUUGGAUUCCCCGAUGACGAGUCGACCUCUGUAAAAUCAGCUACCUUUGAUAAGAAAGAUUUUAAAAAGAAAUUGAAUUCUUGUAGUUUCGAAGUUAAACUUCAAGAUUACGAGGAUCGUGAAAGGGGAAAAAAGGGUAGGGGAAGAGAAGGAUCCUUGAUACCAAGACCUUCGUCUCAUAAUCGAAUUAAACGGGAAAUGAUAGGUCCUGCUAAAUCGCAAAGUGAAGAGAACGGUCGCGUUCAUUCGGCUAUCGUCUCUGGUGUUAAUUGGGAGCAACGCACCGUGACUGUAGAAUGGUUCGAAAAAGGAGAAACCAAAGGGAAAGAGGUGGAGAUCGAUGCGAUUCUCGCUUUGAAUCCCGAAUUAAAUAAAAAGACGAUGGGACCACCGCAAAUGAAUAAUGUGGUAGAAUUAGUGAAGGACUCUUCCGGUGAGGAGGAUGAGGGGGUUGACGAAUUGGAAAAUCAGGAAGAAGGUUCCCUCGGACGACACGGUGGUGGCGGUCACACCGCAAGAAAUGGCCUUACAUCCGCAACGCUUCCUGUACGAGUCACAUCUCGUCUUUCGUACUCCUCGAGGCCGUCUGUUCCAGUAAAAGUGAAUACGAGACAAACAUCACGACAGACAGGUCGACCGACAAACAUUAUGGCUCCAGUAACGUCAGUAAAUGGUCAUGGUGAUUCUGUUUCUGGAUUGACGGGAAGACGGGAAUUAGAGAACAUACCACCGACUCCGAUGACACCGUUAAACGUUACGGCUGCCCCUCAGAGCAAGCAAAAGCAAGCUCAGCUACAACAGCAACAACAGCAGCAACAACAAGCUCAACAGCAACAACAAGCACAAUUGGAGAAUGGUAGAGGUAGACGAUCCAAUGUCGUCAAGGAAGUAGAAAGACUGAAAAAAAAUAGGGAAGAAAGGAGACAACGCCAGGCGGAACUUAAAGAAGAAAAGGAGGCUCUGAUGAAUUUAGAUCCAGGCAAUCCUAAUUGGGAAUUUCUUGCCAUGAUUAGAGAAUAUCAGAAUAGUAUAGAAUUUCGACCAUUGCGAGAAACUGAUACCGUUGAGGAUCAUCAAAUCACCGUAUGCGUCAGAAAACGACCAUUGAAUAAAAAAGAAGUAGCACGUAAAGAGGUCGACGUGAUCAGUGUGCCCAGUAAAGGUCAAAUGGUAGUCCACGAACCAAAAGCCAAAGUAGAUUUGACGAAAUAUUUGGAGAAUCAGAUUUUUAGGUUCGAUUAUGCGUUUGACGAGACAUGUAACAAUGAGAUAGUCUACAAAUACACAGCAAAGCCAUUGGUACAAACGAUUUUUGAAGGUGGUAUGGCAACAUGUUUCGCCUACGGACAAACUGGUAGUGGAAAAACGCAUACUAUGGGUGGUGAUUUUAAUGGUAAAACGCAGGACUGUAAAAAGGGUAUAUACGCUAUGGUUGCUAAGGAUGUCUUCAAAUGUCUUAAAAUGGCGAAAUAUCGUCCAUUAAAUCUCGUUAUCUCUGCUAGUUUUUUCGAAAUCUAUUCUGGAAAAGUGUUUGAUCUCUUGGCGGAUAAAGAAAAACUAAGAGUGUUAGAGGAUGGGAAACAACAAGUUCAAAUAGUUGGACUGACAGAAAAAGUUGUAGAAACGUGUGAUGAGGUAUUAAAAUUAAUACAACAUGGUAACAGCGCUAGAACGAGUGGCCAAACGAGUGCAAAUUCCAAUUCUUCGAGGUCGCAUGCGAUAUUUCAAAUAAUAGCAAGAACCUCGGGUACGCACAGAGUGCACGGAAAAUUUUCUCUUGUUGAUCUUGCUGGAAAUGAAAGAGGCGCCGAUACUUCUUCGGCGAAUAGACAAACGCGUAUGGAGGGUGCUGAGAUAAAUAAAUCCUUGCUAGCGUUAAAAGAGUGUAUUCGUGCUCUAAGUCGUAAAGGAGCACACUUGCCUUUCAGAGCAAGUAAGUUAACUCAGGUGUUGAGGGACAGUUUUAUUGGUGAAAAAUCAAAAACUUGUAUGAUAGCGAUGAUUAGUCCUGGUAUGAGUUCUUGCGAGCAUUCAUUAAACACGUUAAGGUACGCGGAUAGAGUAAAGGAAUUAGCUGCAACUGAUCCAUCGGAAAUAAAAGUUUCACCCACGGACGAUGAACGAGGAUUGAAGAUAGAAGAACAGGCCAACAAUAGUGUUCUUUCAGACAGUGAUCUUGCACAACUUCGAUCUUUGAAUGAAGGUGAACUUUCACAAGACCUCUAUACUUUCCAUGAAGCAGUUUCUGUUCUACAAAUGUUAGAAGAGAAGGUAUUGGAUUCACACAAAAUGGUAAUGGACGACUCGACCAGAUUUCUCAAUGAGGCGCACAGUGUUUUCAGUGCAACUCACGAAGUGGACUACGAUCAAGAAGAUUCGCGCUCUAAGACUAAGGCAAAUUCAAUCUUCACGUUAAACCGGAGCUGGGGAAGCAACAAUACGACAUUAAAUACAACGAUUUUGAUAAACGACAGUACGAACUACCCUUCUGAUAACAAUAUACAACAGGAUAUGUAUGCAACCAAUAAAACAAGUAUCAAGAAUUCACUGAAAUCUUCUUCAAAGGACGAAAGAAAAUGCAAAAGCCAUACGAGUCCCAACUCUACCGAUGAUGAUGAUAUAAUUUAUAGUCAAAUGACACUUGUAAAAUCGAAUGAAAGAAACUCGAAAAGCACAGGUUCUGUUACAGUUAAAAAAACUAUUAAUAAAAGUUCGUCAGUGGUAGGAUUUCGUUCAACAAAAUCGAGCGUGAAUCAACGUUCUGCGCCUGGAAAAAAGAAAGUAUCGAAAUAUCAUUGGUCCGGCACUUUUUCCGAUAAAUCCAAAAAAUAUAAACUUCUUAAUGAUAGCAAAUACAAAUACUUGCCAUGUGAUAGUAAUAAAAAUCUAUGCGACGCAUUGACUGUAACAACUUGUAACAAUAACUCUAAUAUUUUCAAAGAUAAGCAACCAGUGACAAAUACAAGUAUAUUUCACUCAAAUGAAUUUACUUUAAAUGACCGAGUCUUUAAGGGUAUCGAAAAAACAGAUAAACAAUUAUUCAAUAAUAAUUAUCAGUUACCCGUCAGCAAUUGCCAUACAGAAGAAUUUGACUUGCAUAAUAAUAUCAAAUCUGAUCAGGACAAUAACAUUAAAGAAGAUAUAUGUUUGAAUUAUGACAUUUAUUCCGAUCGUAAUAUAAAUUUGAGAUCCAAGCUGGUGCGAGAGGAUGAAAAACCAAAUACUAGUACAAAAAACGUACAGAAGAAUGACUUUUAUGUAUCUAACAGCAGUAAUCAUUUCGCUGGAGAUAACAAAUUUUCUUCUAUUAAAGUUAAAGAAGAUCUAGUAUCUUGCAAUAAUUUUGAAUGUUGCAGAAACUCGGCAAAAUGUUGGGUCAAUUUGAAACUUAAAGAUAAAACGUCUCACUUUAACAAACAAGCUGGCUCUCCUGUUUUUCAACCAUUUUACAGAAAAUUAUUAACCUUUAUCUUCAUUGUUAUUAAAAAUAUAAUUUUACUUUCAUUCUUGCCAACCAUUUAUAUUGCCUUUAUUAUGUAUGUACAAAGUAGGCAAGAAUGAGAGUAUGUAGUUAUUAAUUUGAACAAAGGAAAUCUUAAUACUAUCGUUUAAAGUAAACACCACAAACAACGAUUUUAAUUUAAUGAUUUAGAAUCUAUUUAAAUCAAAUUAUAUUAAAUUACUAAACGAUAAACAUUAAUCACAUUAAAUCGCAAACAAAUAAUGAUAUGACUAUAAUAUUGAAAAGUAAUUGAAAUAAUAUGAGUACAGCUGGAAUGCUUCGGCAUAUCUUUUAAUUUGAUAACCAAAUACAAAUUUUGAGCGUUUGACUUUUCUACUUAAGUUCAGUUGCAUGCACAUGAAUAUGUUUUUGUCUCUUUUUUUUUCCAUGGAUAACAAUAACAAGACAAAUUUAUAGUUUUCUUAAGUUACAUUCCAAUUUUUUAAGUGGAUCUAUGUGUGAUUACAUAUUUACAUUUAAUAUAAGAUUUUUUAUCAAUGUUUUUCUUUUUUUUUUAUUUUAUACACGGAAAAAAGCAUG